AUAAGGAAAUGUGCCAUAUGGUAUUUUCAAAGUUCAUGCCAGAUUUGAAAAAUGUAUAUGAAAAUAAAAUUAACCAUACCAGUUGGAAAGUGCAGGACGAAAUUAUUAAAAUAAGUGCUGACCUAAUCAAAGAAAUUAUUGUUGAGGAAAUUGUUGUUUCUGGGAAUUUUGCUCUAAUGGUUGAUGAAGCCAGGUCCCAUAAAGAAGAACAGUUAUCUGUAUGUGUAAGGUAUGCUGUUGGUCUUGAGGCACGUGAAAGAUUUUUGCAAUUCAUAGAUGUUUCUAAUGGACAAACUGCCAAUCAUAUUAUUUCUGCUGUUUUUAAUUGUUUUCAAAAUUUAAGUAUUAAUAUUAAUACAUUAAAUAUCGUUGCUCAAUCGUAUGAUGGUGCCAGCGUAAUGUCUGGACACCUUGGAGGUGUCCAGUCAAAAAUUAAACAACAAUUUCCAUGUGCCAUAUACACACACUGUAUGGCACACAGAUUAAAUUUGAUUGUUGUGGACAUGUGUAAAGGAAUAAAGGUAUUAAUUAGUUAA